GAAUCCUUUCAAGAAGAAGAGCCCAAAGUGAAAGCAUUGCAUUCGUUCAGAGCAGAGCCAAUUCGUGUGAAAACACUCAAAUUUAGAAUGAGAAAACGCAAGGUUCAAGCAACUCAGGCCGGCACGGAUCCUUUGGCCUUACCAUCGAGAAAACCAUUUGCAGUACAAUAUUCGAAUGUUCAGAGCCCGAAAAUUGAAUACAAUCAUUUGCAAACAAGGGAAUCAACUGGAGACUCGGGCAACAGCCGGCCCAAGAAACUUAAGCAGCUGCUCUUUGACGACUUCAACGAGGAGAAUAAUGAAAAUCAAGAGCCUAUACGUGACAUGCUGCCAGAAAGUCGAGCCGUGAAGAUCAAGCCAGUGCAGCGCAUACUCAAUGGAGAGAUGGGCAGAAAUGUGCAAUCUAUGCAGCCACUGAUGAGCAUGGACAAGGAGCUAUGUCCCAUGCUCGCUGAAGAGGAGCAAGAAGAGCUAGCAGCAGUCGAGCCUGAUCUGCAAUCCAAGGUCCAGCCAGACAGCUCAGCCAACCAGACUACCACGCAAUCCCAGAAGAACGGGCAUAUUGUAAAGCAGGUGACCUACUACGACACCUGGUACGUGAUUCGACCCAAAAUUAUUCCAUCCGAGACACGCCAACAGCGACAUUAUUUGGAACUACCAUUGGUCAAACUGGCCAAUGCUGCCAAGCACAUGAAGCUGCCAUCCGACGGUUGGAGCAGCAAGGUCACACUGUACAAGGUGGCGCCGGCAGUGCUGCAGCGUCACACCUUGACCAUAUUCACCGGCGAUCUGAAGGUUCACAAAAUACCCGAAAGAGAGCGCCACAAGUAUCAGCCAUCCUGUGUGAUCUUCCGCCGCGAGCUGCCCCCUCAGGAGCGCAACAAAUGCCAUGUGCCCUACGAUCGUGUCGUCAUCUUCAAGCACAAACAAUUCACCGUCAAUUUCGAUGGAAAACUGGUCAACCUGAACGGUUCACCCGAGGCGGUCACCUGUCUGCAGGAUGUGCAAAAAUUACUAGAUAUACUCGAGAACAUGACAUUGUCUCACUCGAUGAUUGAAGUUGUAACUCCCAAGUGAGUGAAAUUGUAUUGUUAUAUUGCACUUAAAUACCAUAAAAAAUACUAAAAAAUAUAUACUAAUAUACCAACUAAUAAAAUAAUGUACCAUAUACCAUAUAAUAACAGUACAUUGGUAUAUGAUAACAG